UUUAAGUAUUGCAGGAAUUGGGACAUCGUAAAAUGCAGUGUGCAUUGCAGUGUCUUAACGACGACGGUGAUGGCAGUUGAACCGCCGUCUGCCGCCGUUCUCCGCCCCCCAGCUCCGCCGCCCCGGUUUUUAUCUGAUUUAUUAUCAUAUUUUACCUUUAUUGAUUUUCUUGUAUAGGAAAAGGGUAGCAGUUAGUCUCGAGAAAUGGGAUGCGCAGAGUCCAAGCUGGACAACGAGGACACGUUACGGCGGUGCAAGGAGCGGCGCCGCCUCAUGAAGGAGGCUGUCUACGCCAGCCACCACCUGGCCGCCGCCCACUCCGACUACUGCCGCUCCCUCCGCACAACGGGCUCCGCCCUCGUCGCCUUUGCCUCCGGCGAACCCCUCGCCGUGUCCCACCACACCCCCGCCGUCCUCCUCCGCACUCCCCCGCCGUCCACCGCCGCCGCCGCCUCAGAUCCCAAACCUCCUCCCGCCACCUCCCCCCACCCCCAACCACCGCCUCCAACCUCCACCGCCUCCAAUCACCACCACCUCCAACCUCCUCGGCCGCCAAUCCGCCGUAAGAAGCCAAUGAAACUCCCCCACAUCCUCUCCGACUCCAGCCUCGCCUCCUCUCCGCCGCCGCCUCCGCGGCGGCGCAACCAAAUUGGCCGCACGAAUUCAACCUACUCAACCACUCCUUCCCAAGCUUCCUCCGUCUGGAAUUGGGACACUUUCUACCCUCCCCCCUCUCCCCCCAAUUCCGAAUACUUCGACAAACUCCACCGCCGCCGGACCACCGCCGCCGCCGCCAACAAUUCCUCCUCCUCCUCCUCCUCCUCCGAUGACAAAUCCUCAAUCCACACAUCAUCGGACAAUCCAAAUCUACGAGGAGAAGGAUUUCAAAAUCCUUUUGGCGCCAACAACAGCAAACAAUUCCGAGAUCGCGCAUCGAAUUACUCCUCACACUCACCGGAAACGAUCUCCGACAACUGGCGAGGACCGAACAAACGGCCGAUCAAAGACGACGACGACGAUGAGUACGAGGAGACAGAGAGGGAGGAAGUGCAGUGCAGUGAAUGGGGAGACCAUGAUCAUUACAGUAGCACCACAACUUCCUCCGACGACGACGAUUACGAUGAUUACAACGAUGAAGACGAAACCGAUGAUCUCAAGUCGAGAUCCGAUUUUCAGACAAGGUCCACGAAAAAUGAGGCUGGAAAGGCCUUUGCUGAUACAGGGCAGACAAAUGUGGAUAUGAAUUUCAAUCCAUCUACUAAGAAAUCGGAGAAUCUAAUCUCCGACAACAAGUUAUCGGUUAGUCGCGAUGGCGAUAGGAGCAAGGAAACAUCGAAUUCAGACCAAAGGAUAAUGGUUAGACAUGAGAAUUUCUCCGAGAUUGUUGCAGCCAUUAACGAGUAUUUCGUUAAGGCUGCAUCGGCCGGAGAUCAGGUGUCGGAGAUUCUCGAGAUCGGAAGGGCUCAGCUCCACCGGAGCUUGAAGAAGACUGUAUAUCAUUCUACUGGAAUAUUGAGUAAGUUGAGCUCGAGCUGGAGAUCGAAGCCGCUGUUGGGAGUUAAAUACAGGUUCGAGCAAUUGAGUGAUGCAAAGAGCCUUUGUUCGACCUUGGAACGCCUCUUCACGUGGGAGAAGAAGCUAUAUCAAGAAGUGAAGGCUAGAGAAGGAGUGAGAAUAGAGCAUGAGAAGAAGCUAUCGUCGCUACAGAGUCAAGAGUAUCGCGGUGGACAAGACACGAAGAUAGACAAGACAAAGGCAUCUAUAAAUAAGCUUCAAUCCCUUUUCGUUGUGACAUCUCAGGCCGUGUCCACCACCUCCUCUGCUAUCACUCGUCUCAGAGACUCCGACCUUGUCCCUCAGCUCGUCGAGCUUUGUCACGGGUUCAUGUACAUGUGGAGAUCGAUGCACCGAUUCCACGAAGUCCAGAAUGAUAUAGUGCAGCAAGUUCGGGGCCUCGUCGUCGCAGCAAACAAAGGGGCGACGACAACCUCCGAUCUGCACAAGCAGGCGACGCGUGACCUCGAGUCCGCCGUAUCCGCAUGGCAUUCCAGUUUCUGCAGCUUGAUCAAAUUCCAACGCGACUUUUUCUGCUCGCUCCACGGAUGGUUCAAACUCACCCUUCUCCCCGUCAACGCCGAGCCCGCUCCUGGAGGUCGCGACCUCUCGGAGGUUUUCACCUUCUGUGACGAGUGGAAACUCGCGCUCGAACGAAUCCCCGACACAGUUGCAUCGGAGGCUAUCAAGAGUUUCAUCAACGUCAUCCACUCGAUAUCUUUGAAGCAAAUGGAGGAACUGAAGAUCAAGAAACGAACCGAUACUGCAUCCAAGGAGCUGGAGAAGAAGUCCUCUUCGCUAAGGCACAUCGAGCGAAAGUAUUACCAAUCCUAUUCUACAGUCGGGAUAGGCCUCCCCUAUACAGGGCCAGAUAUUAGCCACAUCUUGGAUGCGCGCGAUCCACUGGCUGAGAAGAAGGCGGAGCUUGCGACAUGUCAAAGACUUGUCGAGGACGAGAUGCUUAAGCACUCGAAGGCAGUCGAGGUAACUCGGGCAAUGACACUGAACAACAUUCAGACAGGAUUGCCGGGAGUUUUCCUAGCCAUGACUAGUUUCUCGGCGCUAAUGACCGAGGCCCUCGAGAAAGUUUGCACCAAAUCAUAAGCGAUUUAGGAAACAAAAAGGCCUCGAAAAACCGGUACAUUAUUGUUUUUUCUUGCCCUGUGCUAUAGAAUUAUAUAUAUCAUCAUCAUCUUCAAACGCAGUUUGAAACUACUAGAGAGAUGGGAAGCAGAUUGUCUUCAGAAUGUUUUUGAAUUCUUUUAGAUUGGUGUUAUUUCUCUUCUCAUAUUUUGUUUGUUUUGAUAUGUGAAAAAUAAUUGGAGUCUUGCAGAGAUGGGAGUUAUGAAUAAACUUUAGCUGCCCUGCCAUCUCUGCUCAUAUCUGUAAUUUGUUUUGUUCUUUUUUGACUGCUGUGAUGUUUCAUCACAGCAGCAACAGGCACAGGUUCCCUCCCCACCCCACCCCACCCCACCACUAUAUUGUACUGCUACUACUACUACUACUAUGUAAUGCCUAGAGGUGAUGUAUUGUUGUCUAACCAAGGAAAGUGUCAUUGGCUGGUUGGAAGAUGUUGGUACAAUGAAGAGGAAACAUAGGGACCAACCAUACAGGACUGGACACUGGACCUACUUUUUCUUUUUUAAAUAAGAGAGGUAAUAAUUUGUACUGAAGAGAAAGACUAGAGUGCUUAUUAUAGAGUAAUCAGUCCUAUUGAUACUCUAAUGUUAUAGUAGUAUUGCAUUAAGAGAUGAAUGAUGGCACUACUGGAUUAUAGCCAAGUUGGCGUUGUCAAUGUCAGGGUUAGCCAUGGUGGCUUGAUUUCCAUCCCUGUCCUGUCUGCCUACAUGUCUACAUACUCGACUGGACUACUUACUGUUACUGCCUUGUCCCCACCCCAAGAUUUUCAUGUAAAAUUGCUUUUAUUAUUCAUUUAGUGUUGUACUUGCUACAUUACACACAUAAAGUAGGGGUUGCUGGAUAGGGUAGAUUGAUAGAUUCCGAGAAUCCUAUGGGCUGUCGACUACGGCAGUGAAGAAA